GUAUUCGGAAGCGUGGACACGUUCUUUCCAAGCCAUUUUGGCUCAAGUGCACUUCGGCCUCGGUUGCUUUUGUUUCUCCAUACGUGUCCUGCGCCAGGCGCGAUGGCCGCAGACGGGCGCGGCGCGGCGCCGGCACUGUCCUCGCACACGAAGGGCGUCCUGGUAACCAUCGCGGGCGUGGUCUGCCUGUCGCCCGACAUCGUGCUGGUACGCUACGCGGAGCUGCAGCUGCCGCAGGCGAACUGCGUCGUGCUGCACAAGUACCUCUUCAAGCUCCUCGCGACGUUCGUCGGGCUCGGGCUGGUGGCGUACGGCGGCCCGCGGGGGUACCUCGCUCAGGCGAGGGCGGCGGGGUGGCACUUCUGGGCGGCGGCGGUUCUCCAGUGCGUCCAGGAGCUGCUCUUCACCCUGGGGGCGCUGCACACGACCGCCGCAGAUAACCUGGUGUUCCUGAGCCUCAGCCCGCUGUGGUGCGCGCUGUUCAGCGUGGUGUGGUUUCAGGAGUGGCCGCAGCGGCACACCGCUCUGGCCCUGGUCGUGAGCCUGGGGGCCGUGGCGCUGGCGUUCUGGGGCGGCACGCGCGAGGAGGCGGCGUCCGGGAGGCAGUCGGUCCUGGGUAACACAAUCGCCCUGUGCUGCGGCGUCGCGAUGGCCGCCCUCCUGACAGUUUGUCGUCACGCGGAGAUCGCGCGCCUGCAGGCGACGCUCGUCCCCGCCGCGCUGCCCGCAUCGGUCUUUUCCGUCGCACUGGGCGUCGUCUUGGCGCAAGGCCGCGUCGGGGAGGAGUGCUGGCCCGCGUCUGGGGUGGCCGGGCUGGUGCCCAGCGCUCUGAACGGCGCCGCGUUGCUGCCCGUGGCGGACGCCCUCUUCGCCAUUGCCCCCAAGUACAUAUUGUCCUCCGAGGUCGGUAUGUUCAUGCUGCUCGAGCUCGUGCUCGGCCCUUUCCUCGUGUGGAUCGCGAUGCGGGAGACGCCGUCGCCGUGGACGCUGGUCGGCGGUGUGAUCUUGAUGGUGGCACUGGCGUGCAACGAGUACAUGUCGUUGCGCCACGAGGUCGCGGCACUCGCCGCCAAGGCGCCCGGCGCCAGUGCCCGCUCGGCGGGCGCGGCCGAUCCUCCGCCCAGGGAGGGGCCGCGUGCGACGGAGUCGCGGGGGGCGGCGGGCGACGGGGAUGCGGCCCGCGAGGCCGCCGCCGAGGUGUGGGUGUGAGCGUCCGCAGGGCCGUCCGUACUCAGCCGGCGGACGCCCUCCGCGCCUCUGUGGCGGGGACGCCGGCCUGUGCAGCUCUGUGCUGGCGGUGCCGCCGCUGGCCGCGACAGUUGGCGUCGUCGUCGUCGUCGUCGUGCUGGGAUGUUUGCGCACGGAGCUCCGCCACAUAAUUGGUCGGCGGAGAGCUUUUGUUUUUGACGGGCCGACAGCAGGCGCCCCGCGCAGUCGCGGGCGCCUGGGAAGGCGCCGGUCAGUCCGGCGCCUUCGGGAGCUGCGCGCGGCGCUACGCAGCGAGGACGGCGGGGAGCACCUUUCCAGAUUGUAGCUUACAGAGCAUGAGGUGCCAGAUGGCGAAUCGUGUCCACCUGAGCGUCCAUAGCGAGCUUGGCAUUACAGCAAGCUAGAAGUGUGGCUACGCACCACGCCGAUAGCUGUCUCCUCCUCUGGAUCGCUUUGGUGGGAGCGAACGAAUUCAACGAAAACUGCAAAGUUCAAGACGUGCCUGCAGCAUUCGCGGCUCCGCUAGCGGAAGCUCAGCGGAAGCUUGGCAAAAGGCGGUGGAAAGGAAACCGAGACCCUGACACCCGCCGGUAUGAUUAUCCGUUGCCCCAGGGGUCCCGACCGCUUUCCCGGGAGUAGUUUUUCGCCCUGUCUCCAUCUUUUCUUCACGCUUCGCGUAUCCCCAUCAGCCCUCAGGCCUGUUGGACGCACCUGCAUGCCCGUUCAGGGGCUGUCAUGGCACCUGGACUGCAUCGUCUUCCCGGGACGCUGUCGUGACAUGUCGACUUUGUAGUGGCUUUUGAGAGGUAAGAUGGCCCGUCCCGCUCAGGGUUGCCCCGUACGUCUGCGCGCGAUGUGCGCCGCGUCCCGUUUUUUGCUACGCAUUUCGACGACCAGGUAGGCCAUGCUGAGAGGACGCACGGACACUUUGUAUGGGUGUUUCCCAACGAUAUUGUGGUGUUGGGUCUUCGUGU